AAAGAGGUAAGAGGGAAAACAAGACAUGAAAGAAACAUAUAAAAAAAAAAAAAUUAACAAAAAAAGAAAAAAGAAAGAAAAGUCAUCAAAGACCAAAAUAUUUCAUUCUCUACUCGUUUUCUCUUCCAAACAAAUUUUCUUUUUGACGCCCUGGAGUUCCCUAAUCCUGUCUCUGUAAUUCUUGCAUAAUUUGUAGCAGCUUUAAGCUCCAAUGGCAAUCCGAGAACAAACUUAAUUAAGCUUUCAAGUCAACAGUUUCUUGGUUUCUUUUUUUUUUUUGGUUAGUUUCAAGAAUCAUGAGUUCAUAUCAACUCCUCAGCCAUUCAAAUCAGGUACGCGAUUCUUCUUCUUGUUCUUCAUCUAGUAAUAUUCGCCAUGGAUUUUCCAAGUCUCAACUGUGUCUUCAGAAGAUUCUACAAAUCAUUGCUUCAUACCCACCGCGCCAUGCCUCAGCGCAGUCAUCUUCAGAUCAUUUCGAUGAAAACAGAGUAUUGGGUAUUGAUUUAAACAUGGAAUUAUGUCCAUGGCCAGAAGCUGAUCCUCAAGAAUCAGAGUCUUUAAGUGCUUCCAGCGUCGUCGUUGAUAAUAAUAAUAAUAAUAAAGUCAUUAGCAGCGAUUCAGCAGAGAAGAGCUCAUCAGAGGGAGAAUGUGAUCCUGUAAUUCAACAAAUCCGAAAAGAGUCUGAGACAACAAAUCUGGAAAUCCAAGAAGCGGCCAAACAUGGACAUGAACAAGAAAACGAAAACGAAAAGCAACAGGAUUUUCUUGAUUGUGAUGAUGGAAGAGCCAACAGGGUUUUGUCGUUUCAAGAAAACCGAAAGAGUAAUGACUGCUUAUCUCUUCUCAUUCAAGCAGCAGAAAUGGUUUCAGGUAACUUACAAGACAUUAAUCCUACUAGUCAAGCUGUUAGACACGGCGGCGCCAUAUCGCCGGUUGCGAGGUCGAAGAGAGGAAGGAGCCACGUGCUGCCAUCAAGAUACAGAGACUCUGUUUUUCUCGAACCCUGGAAACGGCUGCCGCGGCCACAAAAACUAGCGGCGGCAGCAGCAGCCACACCACCACUACCCAUGGUUUCCGCGAAACGAGGUAAAUUAAAUAAUAAUAAACAAAGUAAACGUGAAAGUUAAAAAGUAAUAAUGAAAGAAUUAUGUUUUUUUUUUUUUGGUUAACGUAUUUGGUAGUUCUGUAAAAUGGCAGCAGAAAAGAACAACACGUAAUAUUGAAGAGAGAAAGCGAUGUGUCUCUUGCUUUUAGAUAUUAAGUUUUAUUUUUGUAAUAUAUAUAUUUUCUUGGCUAUCCAAAUUUUAGGCUUGAGAGAAUUGGAGUGGAGUGAAGAUCUAUGAGGAAUAUUAGAUUCUUCCACUUUGUUCACUUAUUCCAUUACUUUAGAAUGUAUGUAUGUGAAUAUAGUAAACUAGCAUGUACUGGAAUUACUAAAUUUUCAAGUUUAAUUGCAUAAAAAUUAAAAAGGUAUAAUUUUUUUUAUA